CGAGAGAAAAAAGCAGAAGCUUCUUCGGAGAGGAGUAGGGACGGGUAUAAAGGCUGCCAAGUCCACUCGAGUGCUCCACAGGGUUGGAAAACGCGCAGCCCGAACCAGUGCAUGUCGCAACAACACUCCUUGCGCAACACAGACGAUAGAGAGCCCUAGGAUGGGUGGACUUUGGUUGCUGGCAGCGUGCGUGCUGCUGGCGUUCGCCCCCGGCGCGCCGCAGUUCCAGCGAGGCGCCGUCGAGCACAUGCCCGAGAGACAAAACGAAUUCCCCGAGACGUCGCAGGUGCUCGAGAAGAUCCAAUUGCCCGGCCUGGGAACGCGCCGACUGCCCCUUCGCGCCGCCGUCGAGCACCACUUGACUGCUCAAGAGCGAGCUCAGCAACACAUUCCCCUGAGAGAGGCGGUCGAAAGUCGGCCCUUCGGAAUCCUCGAAAGGCAACAGGCGCAGGCCUAUUCAGCGGAAAAGGAGCUGCAGGAAAACCAGGAGAUUGACGAUGUCAAUGCACAAAUCCCAGGGCAAGAACGUUACCCGAUCGGAAUCAGCCCCAUCAGCGACUAUCGCGUCGUGUGCUACCUCGAAAGUUGGGCCGCGCAUCGACGGGAACCGAUGAAGUUCUUCACCAAGGAGUUCAACCCUUUCGCGUGCACCCACCUGAUCUACGCGUUCGCCUCGCUGGACCCUCACACACUGAAGAUUGUUCCGCAGGACGAGGAGUUUGACAUUGUGAAGGGCGGUUACAAGGCGGUGAUGCAGCUGAAGGAAGUGAACCCUUCGCUGAAGGUGAUGGUGUCUGUCGGGGGCUGGGUGGAGGCGGCGCGGCGCUUCUCCGAGAUGGCGAGCAGCGCGUCGAGCCGGCGCGAGUUCAUCCGCUCGGUCGUGCACUUCCUCGACGAGCACAACUUCGACGGGCUGGACCUGUUCUGGGAGUUCCCGGGGGCCAAGGACCUCGGCGCCAAGGCCAGCGACCGCGACAACCUGGUGCUGCUGGCCGAGGCGCUGGCCGAGGUGUUCGCCCCCAAGGGCCGCCUCCUCUCGGCCGCCGUCGCCUCCUCGCGCUUCCGCAUCGAGGACGGCUACGACGUGCCCCAACUCGCCAGGCACGUCGACUUCUUCAACGUCAUGAGCUACGACCUGCUCAACGAACGCGACAAGGCCGCCUACCACCCCUCGCCCCUCUACAGAAGGGCGCACGACCAGGGCAUCGGCGUCUUCCUCAAUGUUGACUACGCAAUUCAAUACUGGCUGCGAAAAGGCGCACCGAGCCGCAAACUGACUCUGGGUCUUCCCUUCUUCGGACGCACCUUCACCCUUCAGGACGCCAACGUCUUCGCCCCUGGCUCGCCCAUCAGCGGCCCAGGCACCGAGGGAAAAUACACUUUGCAAAGGGGAUUCAUGUCGUACUUUGAGAUUUGCGAAAAACUGGCCGAGGGAAACGGAGGCGAGCGCUGGAUGGAAUUCACAGACGAAGUGGGCAGUCCGUAUAUGGUCAAGGGCAACCAGUGGAUUGGCUACGACGACCCCAAGAGCGUCAAAAAUAAGAUGGAUUAUGUGAAAAAGUACAACUUGGGCGGCGCCAUGGUGUGGGCUGUCGACAUGGACGACUUCCUCGGCUUCUGCGGCCGCAAAUACCCCCUUUUGUCUGCGGUCAACGAAGGAUUGAAAGCAACCCCUAGUCAAAAACCGGUGACGAGUGCGCCUGUAGUCGCGGCCCCUCCACCCCCUCCACCUACGAGGCCCCCGGUUGAGGCCGUGGAGGCUGGGGAGGCGGCCAUGGUGGUGCCGACCCCCGGCCAGGAAAUCGUCACCAUCGGACCUGGAAACUCGUGCAAGGGACACGGAUACGCGCGCGAACCAACAAACUGCCGCGUCUACUACAGAUGCGAGUGGGGCGUGAAAACGACUUACGUUUGUCCCGAAGGACUUCACUACGACGCCGCCCUGAAUUUGUGCAACUGGCCAGAAAUGGCAGGUUGCGAACAGGUGGUGCUCAUUCCCGAAAAGUACGUGCUGACCCCUCUGCAGCAGUUCCUGCUUCGGUUCGCCCUCCCCUACUACCCCACGCAGCACAACACCAUGAUUUCGCAGCAGCAGCAGGUGGGCGUCGACUGCAGUUCGGACGGUCUGUACAGCGACCCGAGCAGCCAGAGCUACGUUCUGUGCCAAAACCAGAAGAGCUUCGCCAUCCGGUGUCCCCAGGGCACUGUCUACAGCGUCCAGUCCAACCUCUGCGAACAGCAGGUACUUCAACCUGUGGUCAAAUCGGCGGCUCAACAGUUUGAGCAGCUCAAGAUCGACGAGCACCAAUCGCCAAACGCCCUCGACGGCAGGAAAGAAAAAGGGUACAAGGUGGUUUGUUACUUCACCAACUGGGCCUGGUACCGAAAGGACGACGCCAAAUUUGUGCCCGAGCACCUCGACUCGAGGCUCUGCACGCACAUCGUCUACGCCUUUGCUGCCCUCGAACCCCACGAUCUCAGAAUCAUCUCGUCCGACACCUGGACUGAUUUGGAAAACAAUUUCUACCAAAGGGUAACGUCGAUUCCGGAGCCGCGUCGCGGCGACUCGGACGUGAAGGUGCUUUUGUCGCUGGGCGGGUGGACGGAUUCCUCGGGCGACAAGUACUCGCGGCUGGUCAACGACCCGUCGGCGCGGCGCAAGUUCGUGGCCGAGAGCGUGGCCUUCCUCAGGUCGCACAACUUCGGCGGGCUGCACGUGGACUGGCACUACCCGCGCUGCUGGCAGUCCAACUGCGGCAAGGGUCCCGCCUCGGACAGGCCCAACUUCGCGCAGCUCGUCAAGGAGUUGAGGGCCGAGUUCAGCCGCCAGAGCCCCCCGCUCGAGCUGGCCGUCGCCAUCUCGGGCUACAAGGAGGUCCUCGACGUCGCCUAUGACGUGGCCGAGAUCAGCAGGAACGUCGACUUCAUGUCGGUCAUGACCUACGACUACCACGGCGCCUGGGAGGGACGCACCGGACACGUCAGCCCCCUCUUCUACAGACAGGGCGACAGGUUCCCUCAGUACAACACGAAUUUUACUCUCGAGCACUUGGUUGCGAUGGGAGCUGACCGCGAAAAGGUCAUCAUGGGCAUUCCCCUGUACGGCCAGAGCUACACGUUGGACACGGAGACAAACAAUGACGUCGGCGCCCCCACCUUUGGCCCUGGAGAACCUGGCGAAUUCACGCAGCAACCUGGAAUGCUCGCCUACUUUGAAAUUUGCGAAAGAGUGCACGCGAAAAAGUGGAAGGUUGUGAGGGACAAGUUUGGCGCUCACGGUCCUUACGCCUACUCAGGAGAUCAGUGGGUCGGUUACGAAGACAUCGACUCCAUCAAAGAAAAGGGUCGCUACAUUCGUAACAUGGGCUUCGGAGGUGCGAUGGUCUGGACAGUGGACCUGGACGACUUUACGAACCGUUGCUGCAAAGGACCUUUCCCCUUGCUCAGGGCGAUCAACCGCAUCUUCGACAGGGUGCCCGCCGACAUGGAACCGACGCAGGACUGCAAAAAGCCGCCGCAGCCCGUCACCCCUGCUUCCCCUACCCUGACGACCGGCGUCGACACAGGUGCCGAGUCAACCACAACUCCGAUGAGUCCGAAACCCAUUCAGGUCUCGACGACCAGCCCUUCGACGACCAGCCCUUCGACGACCAGCCCUUCGACGACCAGCCCUUCGACGACCACCCACUCGUGGACGACCACCUCCUCCACAACCACCACCAGCACCACUUCUCGGCCGACAACCCCCACUCCGAGCACCACCACCGCCUCAACAACCCAGGUCACUUGGUGGCCCCAGUCGAGCAGCACUCAGCAGCCAGGGUCGUCGACCUGGUGGCCCCAGGCGACGACGGAGGCGCCGCAGCCGGCGCCCGUCGCCAACCCUCCCGGCGGCGACGGCGAACUUCUAAACAAGGCGUGCGAGCCGGGCGAGCACCACCCCGACCGCAACAACUGCAACGGCUACUACCGCUGCAUCCAGGGCAAGUUGAAGCGCGAGUUCUGCGCCGGCGGCCUCCACUGGAACCCCACCCUGCACGCCUGCGACUGGCCCAGGAAGGCCGGAUGCCAAGCAGAUCAAAAUGUGCCGACGACGAGCGCACCUUGGUGGCCUCAGCAGCCGCCGACGGUGGCGACGACGACGACGACGACCGAAAGGCCGAACGAGUGGUGGACGCCGAGCACGGAAACGUCGCAGCAAAUCGUCGAGGGCCGACCGACCACUUCGGCGCCGCCCAAGUCUUGCGUCUCAGGCUCGUACGACGCGAACCCGAGCGACUGCGGAAAGUUCUUCAUCUGCGUCAACGGCCGACAGACGAGCCAAAACUGCGCCACCGGUCUUCACUGGAACCAGGACAAGAAGUACUGCGACUGGCCCAGCAACGUCCAGUGCCAGGCCAGGAUUUCGCCCGACGUGGAAAUCGUCAACGAGUUUGGCGCCGAAGAAUCCGACGAGCUGCGGCUGUUCAAAGGCGAGGCUUGUUCUCGCGACUUCAUGAGGGACCCUGCCGACUGCUCCGUCUUCUACAGGUGCGAAAACGGAAAGGUCUUGUCUGUGGAGCACUGCGCCGACGGUCUGCACUUCAACGAGGAACAACGGCAUUGCGAUUGGCCUGCCAGCGCCGGCUGCAAGUCUUCCGGAGACUCUUCGGCCGCCACCACCAAACGCCCUUCGCCCGCCACCGUCAACCUCCCUGCACCCGAGCACUCGUGGACGCCCCCUCCAAAGGUCGAGGUCACCACCGUGGCGGCGCCAACCGUCGUCGCCGACCCCGCGCCCGCCCCUUGCACAGGAAAAUGCCUGAUGGUUUGUUACUUCACGAACUGGGCCUGGUACAGACAGGGCGUGGGCAAGUACUUCCCCGAGGACAUUGACCCCGCGCUGUGCACCCACAUUGUGUACGGGUUCGCCGUGCUCGACUACGAAAACCUCAUCAUCAAAAUGCACGACUCGUGGGCCGACGUUGACAACAGGUUCUACGAGAGAGUGACCGAGUUCAAGAAACACGGCAAGAAGGUGUUGAUCGCGAUCGGCGGCUGGAACGACUCGGCCGGCGACAAGUACUCGCGCCUCGUCAACAGUCCCGCGGCCAGGAAACGCUUCAUCAAACACGUCAUCGAGUUCAUGCAAAAGUACAACUUUGAUGGACUCGACCUCGACUGGGAAUACCCCAAGUGCUGGCAGGUUAAUUGCGAUAAGGGACCUGAUUCUGACAAACAAGCGUUUGCCGAUUUCAUCAGAGAACUGCGAGCAGAGUUCGACGCCGCCGGAAGUUACCUUCUGACAGCCGCCGUCUCUCCGAGCAAGACUGUAGUUGACGCAGGAUAUGAUGUGCCUGCCGUCGGCAAGUACCUGGACUACGUUUCAGUCAUGACGUACGAUUUCCACGGUCACUGGGACAAGAAGACUGGCCACGUGGCUCCUCUGUACGAACACGAGGACGACGACUUUUACUUCUUCAACGCCAACUACUCGAUCAACUACUGGAACCAGCAGGGCGUGCCCAAGUGCAAGUUGAUCAUGGGCAUGCCCUUGUACGGCCAGUCGUUCACCCUGAGCAAACCCUCGGAGAACGGCCUGAACGCCCCCGCCACUGGACCCGGACAGGCCGGAGAAUACACCCGCGCCGCCGGAUUCCUCUCCUACUAUGAAAUUUGUGAUAAAAUCAAGAACAAAGGGUACACGGUUGUGAACGACCCUGAGGGCAGGAUGGGUCCCUACGCCUACAAGGAUCGCGACUGGGUCAGCUUCGACGACAUCAAAACUUUGACCAAAAAGGCGCAAUUUGUGGCCAACAUGGGACUUGGUGGAAGCAUGAUUUGGGCUCUGGACUUGGACGACUUCAAGGGCACGGCCUGCGGUCAGGGCAAGUACCCUCUGCUCACGGCCAUCAACUCGCACAUGUGCUCAGCUUCUGUCGUCAGCGACACCUCGCAGCAGACGAGCAAGCCAAGCAAACCUGAGGUGGUGACCUCUGCACCUUCCGUGCCCCCAACAGCCUUCCAACCUGAUGAAAUCCCCACCAAGGCACCAGCCAUGGCGCCGACCGUGGCACCAACUAAGGCACCAAUUCAGCCGAAGCCACAGCCAGUGACCCUGACCCCAGGAGCGGUGACCCCCGGCCCUGGCACCGACGUUGCCACCUGCGGAGGGUCCACCUCGCCCUGCGGCCCUUACAAGGUCGUUUGUUACUUCACCAACUGGGCCUGGUACAGGCAGGGAAAUGGAAAGUACCUUCCGAGCGACAUUGACGCGUCGCUCUGCACGCACAUUGUCUACGGAUUCGCUGUCCUGGACACGCAGUCACUGCUGGUCAAGCCCCACGACUCUUGGGCCGACUUGGACAACAAAUUCUACGAAAAGGUGGUUGCGUACAAGGCCAAGGGUCUGAAGGUGCUGCUGGCCAUCGGCGGGUGGAACGACUCGGCCGGCGACAAGUACUCGCGCCUCGUCAACAACCCCUCGGCCAGGGCCAGGUUCAUCGACCACGUCAUCAAGUUCAUUGAUGAGUACGGCUUCGACGGCCUCGACCUGGACUGGGAAUACCCUGUGUGUUGGCAGGUGGACUGCAAGAAGGGCCCUGCGUCAGACAAGGCUGCCUUCUCGGCCUUUGUCCAAGAACUCAGGGCCAAGUUCGGACCGGACAGACUUCUGUCCGCCGCCGUUUCGCCCAGCAAAUACGUCGUUGACGCAGGCUAUGAUGUGCCGGCCCUAUCGCAGAAUCUGGACUGGAUCGCGGUCAUGACCUACGAUUACCACGGCCAGUGGGACAAGAGGACGGGCCACGUGGCGCCCAUGUACGCGCACCCUGACGACGCCGACGCCACCUUCAACACCAACUUCACCAUCAACUACUGGAUCAAGAACGGCGCCAGCCCUUGCAAGAUCGUCAUGGGCAUGCCCAUGUAUGGCCAAAGCUUCAGCCUGGCCGAAACCACGAACACCGGACUGAACGUGCCCACCUACGGCGGCGGAGAGGCCGGCGACGAAACCAGGGCCAGAGGAUUCCUCUCCUAUUACGAGAUUUGCCAACGCAUCAAGAGCAAGGGGUGGCAGGUGGUGCAGGACCCUCUGAAGACGAUGGGCCCGUACGCGUACCUCAGGGACCAGUGGGUGUCCUUCGACGACCAGGCCAUGAUCAAGUACAAGGUCGACUUCAUCAGGCAAAUGGGGCUGGCCGGCGGCAUGAUUUGGGCACUUGACCUCGACGACUUCCGCAACCUGUGCGGCUGCGAGGCCCACCCCCUGCUCAAGACCAUCAACAGGGGGCUGUGCAGAAUCGACUCGCCGGCGCCUGACUGCAGCUUUUCCUCCAGGUUUGACGUGGAGGAAGAUGAUGAUGCGAUUAAAAUGGUCUCGGCUAGCGAAGAAGAGACGAACCCGAACGAUCUGAGGGAGGACACGUGCAGCCACUCUGGUUUGCAGAAACACCCCGGCACGUGCUCCAAGUACGUCGAGUGCGUCAACGGCGUCAAAAUCACGCGCAACUGCCCGCCAGGCACAGUCUUCAUCUUGGACAAGCAGAACUGCGGCUGGGCCGCCAAGGACAGCACGUGUCUGCCUCAGGAGAACGAGGUGGCCGAGGUCGCCACGCAGGCCCCGCAGGCGCCGCAGCAGGAGCAAAAACCAGUCGUCCCGAUGAAACCGAAGCCGCAACCAGUCACCGAAAGGCCUGUUUUCCCGCCACAAACCGGAGGUGGAAAGCAGUGCUCGGACGAAUUUGUGCCGCAGCCCAACGACAUGAAGGUCAUUUGCUACUUCACCAACUGGGCCAUUUACAGACCUGGAAUCGGCAAGUACCGGGCAGAGGACAUUGACACCAACCUUUGCACGCACGUCCUCUACGGAUUCGCCGUGCUGGACGGCUCGACCUUGACCAUCAAGUCCCACGACCCCUGGGCCGACUUCGACGACGGAUUGGCGCUUUACUCGAAGGUGUCCGCCCUGAGGCAGAAGGGCGUGAAGGUGCUGCUGGCCCUGGGCGGGUGGAACGACUCGCUGGGCGACAAAUACUCGCGCCUCGUCAGCACCCAGAGCUCGAGGAGCCGCUUCAUCAAACAGGCUUUAGACUUCAUUGAAAAGUACAAAUUCGAGGGAUUGGAUCUCGACUGGGAAUACCCCAAGUGCUGGCAGGUGGACUGCAGCAAGGGUCCUGACGCGGACAAGGAGAACUUUGCGGCGCUGGUGCGCGAGUUGAGCGCCGAGUUCAAGCCGAAGGGGCUGCUUUUGUCGGCCGCCGUGUCGCCCAGCAAGAUGGUCAUCGACGCCGGCUACGACGUGCCCACCCUGUCCAAGUACCUCGACUGGAUCUCCGUCAUGACCUACGAUUACCACGGCCAGUGGGACAAGAUGACCGGCCACGUGGCGCCCUUCCGCGUCCACGAAAACGACACCAACGUCUACUUCAACGUCGAUUACACCCUAAACUACUACAUCAAGAAGGGCGCCGACCCUAAGAAACUGGUCAUGGGCAUUCCCCUGUACGCCCAGAGCUUCACCCUGAUCGACCAGUCCAACACCGGACUCGACUCGAAAUCCUCAGGGCCAGGUUUGGCCGGAGAGUUCACCAGGGCGGCUGGAUUUACAGCAUUUUAUGAGGUUUGCCACAUGGUGAAGCAGCAGCAGUGGACGGUGGUGCGCGACCCUUCGGGCGCGAUGGGCCCGUACGCCUACCGAGGCAACCAGUGGAUGUCGUACGAUGACGUGGACAUCAUCAGGGACAAGAUGGCGUUUGUGAAGAAGCUGGGCAUCAGCGGCGCCAUGAUUUGGGCGCUGGACUUGGACGACUUCACAAACCGGUGCGGCUGCGGAAAGUACCCCCUCCUCAGGACCAUCAACGAGGAGUUGCGCGGACAGGGCUGCAAGUUGAACGCCUGCACAUAGGACCGACUCAUACAACUACCACUUGCCAAUCACGCGCUAAAGAAUUGUUCUAAUAAAACGCACACAUUUUUAAGUGCAAUUUCCACAUCAUAAGGAGAAGGUUAAUUAAUAAAAUAUCAAAAUUGUGAUGGGGAAACUGCACAGAAAAUGACCAAUUUUUAGCAUAUGUUUUGUUCAAACUCUUGCUUGAAAUUGGAAAAUGCCGUUUUUAAAUGAAAGUGCCAAAAUUGAGUGAUAUUAAUUCAAUGUUCACGGAUGUUUUUCUACUCUUUCAAUGUACCAGGACACAAAGAUAAUAAUGAAUUGGAACUCUCAACGCACUUAACUUUUAUAGUAGACCAUAUGAGUGCGAUUUUUGUAUGAUCUUUUGUAAUAUUGCAGAAUAAAAACACCAAAAUACUAAAAAAUACCAUAUUAUGUGAGAGCAUUUUAAAUUAA